AUUAUAAAAAAUAUGAAAAUGUCGGUUAUACUGUUGCGGAUGAUUUAGCUUCCUUGGCUACAAUCUCGGAACUUGAGAACAUGUAUGUGCCCCCAGCGAUGAUAAGUAGCAGAAUAGGAGAACUUGGUUUGGGAUCAAAUAAAUUUGCCUCCUUGGUAUCUUCGGAAGGAGAAGAAGAAGAAGAAGAUCAACAAGAUCAGGAAUGUGACGACUCAAUUGAUCUUUUGACACCUUAUGGAAAACGCCUACUUCGUGAAAGGCCAGUUAAACCUUCAGCAAAAGCAAAGGAGCUGCAAUCACAAUCCACUUCUCGGGGAAGAGGAAACCGAGGACGUGGAAACAGAGGAAGACACAG